AGUGAAACAAAGCAGUUUGCCUUAGGAUCCGGCGCGGAGAGGUGGGAACCGAGCUGCUUAAUUCAAAGGAUCGACGAGCGAGCCUUCGUUUGGCAGCGAUCCGGGAGAUUCCUUUUGCGCUUUUGGAUCGUUCCCUUCCUCCCCCCGCCCCCUUUCCUCGAAACUGGUAACUUUCGUGGUUUUUUUUUUUUUUAAUCAGAGAGAGCGAGGGGAAAUCAAAAGAUUACGGACAUCUCAAUGAAGGAAAGAAGAGCGAGCCAGAAAUUAUCCAGCAAAUCGAUCAUGGACCCUAAUCAGAAUGUGAAGUGCAAAAUAGUGGUGGUGGGAGAUACGCAGUGUGGGAAGACGGCGUUGCUUCACGUCUUCGCCAAGGAUUGCUUUCCCGAGAAUUAUGUGCCCACGGUGUUUGAGAAUUACACCGCCAGUUUUGAAAUAGACACACAGAGGAUAGAGCUCAGUCUCUGGGACACGUCUGGGUCUCCUUAUUAUGAUAAUGUCCGCCCACUUUCCUAUCCAGAUUCUGAUGCCGUCUUAAUUUGCUUUGACAUUAGCCGUCCAGAAACUCUUGACAGCGUAUUGAAAAAGUGGAAAGGAGAAAUUCAAGAAUUUUGCCCCAACACCAAAAUGCUUUUGGUUGGCUGCAAGUCUGAUCUGCGCACAGAUGUUAGUACGCUUGUAGAGUUGUCCAAUCACAGACAGACACCAGUGUCAUAUGAUCAGGGUGCAAACAUGGCCAAACAGAUUGGAGCAGCCACUUAUAUUGAAUGCUCAGCUUUGCAGUCUGAAAACAGCGUACGAGACAUUUUUCAUGUGGCGACCCUAGCCUGUGUGAACAAAACUAAUAAAAAUGUUAAGCGGAACAAGUCGCAGAGGGCAACAAAACGAAUUUCACACAUGCCAGGCCGGCCAGAACUCACCACAGUCACCACAGAUCUGCGGAAGGACAAAGCAAAGAGCUGUACAGUGAUGUGAAGAUUCAAGUUUCUCACUCAAGAUGGCCAAGGACCAUGUGUUUGGGGGGAUAGAUGACAACUCAAAAAGAAGUGCCCAGUGAAAAUGGCCUAUUGUGUGGGCAUGCCAAUGCUUAAAGGCCACCGUUUCCCCUUAGUAGCAAGAACUGUACUUGAGGGGUCAGUAUGUAGGGAAUCAGUGGGAAAAGAUGGAUCCUGAAGGGUUGUUGAAGCUACUUGGAUGAAAUACCAAAUAUGAACAAAGCUAUUUGAAUGUGCUAACAUGGCUAAAGGAUUAAGUAGCAUCCAAGAAAAUGAUGUUCUGGAGGAAGCUUUUUUUUUCAGUCUAUUUUGAAUACCAACUUUGAUUCUGAUUACGUUCUAAACGAUACUCUCAGAUCUAAAGUCGAGAUUUUCCUACUCCUUUCAUUGUGAAUUUUGGCCUUGUGAUGCAGUUUUAGUUUUUUCCAAAGAAUAUAUCUUUGCCUUUUAGUUGAACCUUAAAAAUAGGAAGAGUUAUUCUGGAGGAGAGUGCUCUUAGACUUUAAAAAUAUAUGUUGUGUGAGAGGAUUAGAGUGAAGGGAGAAAUUAAACACUUUUUUUUUCAGAUUGUUCAGAAGCUAUUAUUGUGAAAACACGGAUGGAUAAGGAAGAGGGUUUUAAGAAUCUCUUUUUCAGAGCAGAUCUUGGAUACGACAUCUUUCCCUUCAUGUUGACCAUCAUUUUGGAUAAUGGGCUGAAAAUUAAGAUGGAUUUCAGUGGCUUCUUCAGGAAUUGUAUACAACAAGAAUGGCAUAGACAGAAAAGUAACCUCCAACAAAUGGUGCUAAGAGUUAGCUAUAAAGGAGCUUAGUCUUACUGCCCUCCUAACCAGCUCCUUUAGUGUGAAGGAAGUCAGCCACAGCACUGUGUGUAAGAGAGUAAGUGCUGUUUUGCUAUAUGACCUUUUCUACAGUUCUGUCCUGGUUAUUUUCUGUUUCAACUAGCACAUAAACCAACCUUCUCCAAUUAGCUCCAUUAAAAUGUAUCUCAGAGAAAGAGAAAAAAAUGGCUGCGUAUGGAUGACCGUCUCUUAUUACACAUUUCUGUUUACUUGUAAUGAGCACUCUGAGGAAAUGGGGGGAGGAGCCCAAAGAAUGUUGGAGCCUUAACAGGUCCCAUGUGGAAACAGGAUAUUGCAUUAAUCCUGAAGGUCUAAUGCAAGCAUAUCCAGACAGUGAUCAUUAAACAUUACUCGGGUGACCCAGAUUCUGUCAAAUUCCUUUUCCCUGGCUGAUGACUAUUGUUACAUCUACUAGGCCAAUCUCAAAAAUAGUUUGCAGAUGUUGUUGCGCUUUGGAAGACACUGCAAAGCUCUGCUGAGAAUAUCUCUCUGGCUUGUCAAAAGCCAGCGUUUUCUCCAAUGCUUCAUUUUUGAAGUACUUCCACACAAAAGGUCCAGAUCUAUUGCCACCGUGAUAACGCUUUUGAUUGAUGCAAUGGUAUGCUUAUGGCAGUAUUAAACAAACAAAAAAGCUGGCAAGUGCUUUCCGUAUUUAAAUAUUGUAAAAUGAGAAAUAAGUUAACUGUUUCAGCAGAACAUCACUUUUUAACAAAUGUUGGUCACUUUGUAUGGUUGGUUAUUGUUUCUGCAGUAUUUAUUUUUCUUUUAAAUAAAAAAUGUUUAGUCGUUGAUUACA